CGACAUCAAAUACGGAUCCGGUAGCGGCCAACAGUCGGUGACCGGCGUGGAGGCAUCGGACGACGCCAAUAGCUACUGGCGGAUCCGCGGCGGUUCGGAGGGCGGGUGUCCCCGCGGGUCCCCGGUGCGCUGCGGGCAGGCGGUGCGGCUCACGCACCGCCUCACUGGCAAGAACCUGCACACGCACCACUUCCCGUCCCCGCUGUCCAGCAACCAGGAGGUGAGCGCCUUCGGGGAGGACGGCGAGGGUGACGACCUGGACCUGUGGACCGUGCGCUGCCCUGGGCAGCACUGGGAACGAGAGGCCGCUGUCCGCUUCCAGCACGUGGGCACCUCUGUGUUCCUGUCGGUCACGGGCGAGCAGUACGGGAGCCCCAUCCGUGGGCAGCACGAGGUCCACGGCAUGCCCAGCGCCAACACGCACAAUACGUGGAAGGCCAUGGAAGGCAUCUUCAUCAAGCCCAGCGCGGAACCCUCUGCAGGCCAUGACGAACUCUGAGUGGGAGGCAGGGAGGGAAGGUGGUCGGGCGGGCGUCUACACGGCCACUCUCAGCGGAGACUUUGGGUUUGUAGGAGUCCUCAAGUGCCUUUAUGAUUAAAGAAUGUUGGUCUGUGA